AUGCGGGUGAUGAUCCGGUUACUACCGUUGUUGGCGGCAGGCGGCAUUCUACCCACCUGGGCUGCAGAUGACUCCUCGAGUUCGACCGACACGUCCACUGGCACGGGGAAGGGCAUGUUCACUCUGGAAGGAACCAUCACCGGUAAAGUCAGUGAUGCCGCAACUCCGACCGGCACCUAUCAGUCGAUCACCUCCACCGUCACCCUAGGCAGCGGCCAUGGCACUGUCGUCGGCUCUCACACCCUCACAGGCUCCGACGCCACGGCGACGACCGCAUCAAAUACCACCACCUCCAAUUCUGUGACGGUACUGGGCGGCACCCAGACCCUCAACGGCACCGCCAAUGCCACCAUGACGGCCUCGGCAUCCGCCUCGUCAUCCCCGGUCGUCAACACCCAGCCUUGCAAUGGAUACCCCGAAUUCUGUGCACGGAACUAUUCCAACAUCACCGUGGUGGCUGCCCACAACAGUCCCUUUGUACAAUCGGGCAGUGUCGCCGCCAAUCAGGCUUUGGAAGUCGAGGACCAGUUGAACGAUGGGAUUCGGAUGUUACAAUUCCAGACUCAUCUGGUCAAUAACACCAUGUACCUGUGCCACAGCAGCUGCGAGCUGCUCAACGUGGGGACCCUCGAGGCAUAUCUGACCAGAGUGACCAAGUGGAUGAAAGCCCAUCCGUACGAUGUGGUCACCAUUUUGAUGGGCAACUCGGACUACGUCGAUCCGGGCAAUUUCACCGCGCCCGUCCAGAACUCCGGUCUGAUGGACUUGGUGUAUACCCCCGCCAAGAUUCCCAUGGCCUUGGACGACUGGCCGACGCUGUCUAACAUGAUCUUCUCCGGCAAGCGUGCGGUCAUGUUCCUAGACUACCAGGCCAAUCAGACGGCGUACCCAUGGCUCAUGGAUGAAUUUUCCCAGCUGUGGGAGACGCCGUUCUCGCCCACGGACCGAGACUUUCCCUGCGACGUCCAGCGUCCCCCGGAUCUGGCGGCGAAUGACGCCAAGAACCGGCUGUAUAUGGCGAACCACAACCUCAACAUCCAGAUGGACGUGCUGAAUCUCGACCUGCUCAUCCCGAACACGGCUCUCUUGAAUGAGACGAACAACGUGACCGGAUACGGCAGUCUCGGCCUGAUGGCGAGCAAUUGUACCAAAAUCUGGAAUCGCCCCCCGAACUUCCUUCUGGUCGACUACUACAACUACGGCCCUGUCAACGGCACGGUCUUUGAGGUUGCGGCGCAGAUGAACAAUGUGACGUACAACGGAAAGUGCUGCGGCGUGGCCAGCGCCGGCAUGAGCCUGACGCCGCAGAGCGUCAUGGCCACCGCUCUCAUGAUCGGCGGUAUCCAAUUCCUCGUCUCUCUGUUUUGA